CCGCCGGCUUGGUCCAGUGGUUGUUGGUGCCAUUUAGAAAUUACUAGACUAUUGGGCUCAUGAUCCUGCGGUCGCUCCUGUUGCUGCUGCUCGCCGCCUUCGUGCACGCCCAAGUGUGCUGCCACGUCUGUCUCGCCAACCUCGGGCCCUCUAGUUACGAUCCUACCGUGUUUGCCCAGUGCGACAAGAAGACGCCCGGGUGCUGCUUCUGCGAUGCGCAGCUCACGAUCGCCGCACCUGCCUUCUCGUCGUCCCAGCAGCAAGGCACGUGGCAAAAGGUCGCAUGGUCGGGCGUCUCCAAGGUCACCAAGGUCAACGUUCCCAAGGGUUCCGAAUCGGCGUCGCACCCGCAGCUCACGAUGAUGUUGUCGCCGGUCCAGCAAGACGCUGCGGGCAACUACCUCUUCUGCUCCGACACGCCGGGCGAGACGCUCUUCCGCGGCUGGGGCCCGCUCGCUAACACGUACCCGAGCAACUGCACGGCGCUCUCGGCGCAGUUGUCGAUCACGAUCACGGCCGGCACGGGCAAGUGCAGCGACGCGUCGCCGACGUCCACAUCCCCGACGACCAAGCCCGGUGGCGCGUCGUCCCAGGCUGGCAGCUCGAGUGGUGUCACAAAGGCUCCGACUGUCAAGUGCGAUGCCAACCGCGGCUACGUUGACAGCGACAACAAGUGCCAGUGCCUCAGCGACUACUCGGGGCCGCCCACGUGCGACGGCAUGGCGCUCUGGAAGAUCCUCGUGUCGGUUGCUGGCGGCCUAGCAGCGCUCUUCUCGAUCGUUGUCUCGGUGCGCCAGUUUAUCCUCUUCCAGCGCCGCAAGCGCGAGGAAGAUGAGCUCGCCAACGCCCCGGUCGACCAGUCGUCCAAGAACUUUGAUACAAUGUACGCAAUGCCGGCGUCGCACGAGUACUACGACUCGGUCAACGUCAACGCAACGAGCAGUCGGCACACGGACGCGUCGCGCGACGGUGUCCGUUCGUCCGAAGACAGCCGCGUUCGCCCGUCUCUGCCCGAGUCCGAUGCCCGGUUCACGGGUGACGCCGACGGGCGCUACAAGCCGCGCGAGUCCAAGGAGUACACGCUCUAAGCCCAUCGUCAUACUAUGAAGAUCACCUCGGUCCGCCGGCCAUGGGUUCCGUCCGUCCUGCCAGCUCAUCAUUCCAUCUUAUUUAUUCGGUGAUUUGUCGAAGAAGCGUGUUCGUAUUAAAAAUUCGAGCUUUAUUACACCGUAUCCGGAUGUAGUCGGCAGCAUACAAACGGCCAGUGACGAUGGGUCCGACACCGGAUACUGGGUGUGUCACUGACCGCCUGUGUAUUAUUUUACCGCUUGCAUACAAAUCCCAAGAUACUUUUAUUGCAACACGGCUUCGCGGUGUUACGAGAAAGCACGUGGCGAGACACCUAUGCGUAACACGAUGCCUAUUUUUAUUCCGG